GUUCUCUUAUUCAAGCACAGUCAAUUAUGGCGGAAGAAAUCGCGUGAAGAAGUCCGAAUGUGAAGAAAAAAGGUUGACCCGUUGAAAUUUCAAAGUCUUCCCCUCUUCCUACCCCCACUCUUGACGUGACGGCAUCGCUAUCUUCGCUUCUCGUUUCACUCUGUGUUUGUUCUUGUCAAGAGCCUUUAUAAGUGUCUCGAUCUUCUGAAUCUCUUCGCUUGUUCUCAUUCAAGAAAGAUCCCCGUCUCUCUACACGUCGAUCGUUUGGUUAGUUCUUGAUUCCUCCGUGCGAAAGCAACGAUGGAGAGAGACCAGAACGAGCUGCAAUCCCUUGGGUUCCUCGGCGUCUACCGAGAGACCUCCAAGAUCAUCCGCAAAUGGAGGAAGAUCUUCGCCCAGAUCACGCUCGCAUUCAUCCUCCCUCUCUGCGUCACCUUCCUCGCCCACUCCUUGGUCUCGCAGCUCCUCUCCUUCAAGAUUGUCGACCACGAGAUCACCCGGAACGACGUCUGGGUGGACGACCCGAAGUACAGGGACCUGUCCCGCAAGCUCAAGAAGGAGUGGGUCGCGUUCUGGCUCGUUAGUCUCGGCUACUUCAUCUUCAUCUUCAUCUUCAUCUUCUCUCUGCUGUCGAUCUCGGCUGUUGUCUCCACAGUGGCCUGCAUCUACUCCGCCAAGCAGGUUACUUUCAAGAAGAUCAUGAGUGUUGUGCCCAGAGUAUGGAAGAGGCUCAUGGUCACCUUUUUCUGGAGUUUCGCAAUCUUCUUUGUGUACAAUGUUGUGGCUGCUGGGCUUUUGAUCGUAUGGCUUGUCAUCGUGAGGCGGUUUUCAGUUGGCCCUGCACUCGGGAUUACCGUGGCCGUCAUUGUCUUGAUCUUGUUCGUCAUCGGGUUUGUUUAUAUCACCAUGAUUUGGCAACUGGCGAGCGUGAUCUCGGUUCUUGAAGAUGUGUAUGGAAGGAAGGCGAUGGUGAAGAGCAAGAGACUGAUGAAGGGCAAGAUGGGUCUAUCGGUUUGGUGUUUUCUUGGUGUCUUGGUGUGCGCCGUGCUGGUUCAGGCAUUGUUUGAGUGCUUUGUGGUCUUGGACUUGGUCCCUAUUGCAAUCAAGAUAGGGGUUGGGCUGAUCUGCUUGCUGCUGCUGUCGAUGGUGGUGCUCUUCGAUUUGGUCGUGCAGACAGUGAUCUACUUCGUCUGCAAGUCCUACCACCAUGAGAACAUUGACAACUCCUCCUUGCCUGAUCAUCUCGAGGUCAAUCUUGGAGAUUGUCCCACUGAAUGCCAAAAUCCUGUCCAGCUUGAGCAACUUCAUGUCUGAUGGGUUCUUUUGCUUUCUUAAUCAUAAAUAUUUUCUGCUUUUGUGAUUUUCGU